UUAAAGAGAAUUAAACAGUCUUCUUGAUUAUAUUUUACUCCGAUUCUCCUUUGUCGGUACAUUCACUCACUCCCCAUUUCCACUCUCCACUCUCUAAUGGCCGCUUUUCUCUCCACUUCCCUUUCCCCUUUCUUCUUCUCCUUCCUCCUUCUUCUCUCUACAGUUUCAUCCCUUUCGCCAUUGAAGACCUUCAUCGUCCGCAUCGACCGUUUCUCCAAGCCCUCUGUUUUCCCCACUCAUUACCACUGGUACACUUCCGAGUUCACCCAAUCCCCUCAAAUCCUCCAUGUUUACGACACCGUUUUCCAUGGAUUCUCCGCAACUUUAACUCAAGAACAAGUCGAUUCCAUUGGAAAACACCCUUCUGUUCUUGCUGUUUUUGAGGACCGUCGUCGUCAACUUCACACCACUCGUUCCCCUCAGUUUCUCGGCCUCCGAAACCAGCGUGGUCUCUGGUCUGAUUCCGAUUACGGCUCAGAUGUUAUUAUUGGAGUUUUCGAUACUGGGAUUUCCCCUGAACGACGAAGCUUCUCUGAUGUGAAUCUGGGUCCGAUUCCUCGCCGGUGGAAAGGGGUUUGUGAGACUGGAACUAAGUUCACGGCCAAAAACUGUAACAGGAAGAUUGUGGGUGCGAGGUUUUUCUCUAAAGGUCAUGAAGCAGGGGCCAACGCUGCUGGUCCGAUUAUUGGGAUAAAUGAUACGAUUGAGUAUAGAUCUCCAAGAGAUGCUGAUGGACAUGGGACUCAUACGGCGUCCACGGCGGCUGGACGGCAUUCGUUUCAGGCGAGUUUGGAGGGUUAUGCUUCGGGGAUUGCAAAGGGUGUGGCUCCUAAAGCGCGUUUAGCGGUUUAUAAAGUUUGUUGGAAAAACUCUGGUUGUUUUGAUUCUGAUAUUCUUGCGGCGUUUGAUGCUGCGGUUAACGAUGGUGUUGAUGUUAUUUCGAUCUCAAUUGGAGGCGGGGAUGGCGUUUCCUCGCCGUAUUAUCUUGACCCAAUUGCAAUUGGAGCGUACGGCGCCGCUUCUAAGGGUGUUUUCGUUUCGUCUUCGGCUGGAAACGAUGGACCUAAUGGAAUGUCAGUGACAAACUUGGCGCCGUGGGUUACGACGGUUGGGGCAGGUACGAUUGACCGGAAUUUCCCGUCGGUGGUGACUCUUGGAAACGGACGGAAGAUUUACGGGGUUUCUCUCUACGCCGGAGCGCCGUUAAACGGUACAAUGUAUCCGUUGGUUUACCCUGGGAAAUCAGGGGUUCUCUCUGUUUCGCUCUGUAUGGAGAACUCGCUCGAUCCUAAGGUUGUGAGCGGAAAAAUCGUGAUCUGCGACAGGGGAAGUAGUCCCAGAGUGGCCAAGGGUUUAGUCGUGAAGAAGGCCGGUGGCGUCGGAAUGAUUCUAGCGAACGGAAUCUCAAACGGCGAAGGACUCGUCGGUGAUGCCCAUCUUCUACCUGCCUGCGCCGUCGGCUCCGACGAAGGCGAUGCCAUGAAAGCCUACGCAUCAUCCUCUACAAAUCCCACCGCCACCAUCGCUUUCCAGGGGACCAUAAUCGGAAUCAAACCUGCGCCGGUAGUGGCUUCGUUUUCAGCAAGAGGGCCAAAUGGAUUAACCCCAGAAAUCCUAAAACCGGACAUAAUCGCACCAGGGGUUAACAUUCUCGCCGCCUGGACUGACGCCGUCGGUCCAACCGGUUUGGACUUCGAUACACGAAAAACCGAGUUCAACAUCUUGUCCGGUACAUCAAUGGCUUGCCCCCAUGUGAGUGGAGCUGCCGCUCUGUUAAAAUCAGCUCACCCAGAUUGGAGUCCAGCAGCGUUAAGAUCCGCCAUGAUGACCACCGCAAGUAUCAUCGACAACCGCCGCCAACCAAUGACGGAAGAAUCCACCGGAAAACCUUCAACUCCUUACGAUUUCGGUGCCGGACAUGUAAAUUUAGGACUCGCAAUGGACCCAGGUCUAAUCUAUGACAUUACAAACACCGAUUAUAUAAACUUCUUAUGCUCAAUCGGGUACGGCCCGAAAAUGAUUCAAGUUAUAACAAGAACACCGGUGAGAUGUCCAACGAAAAAACCAUUACCGGAAAAUCUGAAUUACCCAUCAAUAGUAGCAGUAUUUUCAAGUCUAUCAAAAGGGUGGUCGACAAAGUCGUUUAUACGAACGGUGACUAACGUGGGGCCAUCAAAUUCAGUGUACAGAGUUAAAAUCGAAGCUCCAAAAGGAGUGACAGUGAAGGUAAAACCAUCAAAACUGGUGUUUUCAACGACGGUGAAGAAACAGAGCUUCGUUGUGGCAAUUUCAGCCGACAAUCAGAAUCUUGCACUGGGGGAUGUGGGGGCUGUUUUUGGUUGGCUUUCUUGGUCCGAUGGAAAGCAUGUGGUCCGUAGUCCACUGGUAGUGACUCAAUUAGAGCCAUUGUAAAAGUGAAGCUUUGGAAUUCGAUCAUCUUUCUCAUGAUCAAAACAAGAACAACAACAACAAACAAAAGAAACCAGACUGCUAUUUUCUUCCCCUUUUACAGCUUUUUUUUUUCUUCUUUGAAACUUGUAAUCUCUAGUGUUCUAUGUUGUUGUGUAAUGGAAUGUAAUUUUUAGGGGUUUGAGAUAUCUUUUUUUCUUAAUAUAAUCUCUUCAAAAGUUAUGUUUUUUUA